AUGCGCGAGCUCGUCCACGUCCAGGGUGGCCAGUGCGGCAACCAGAUCGGUGCCAAGUUCUGGGAGGUAAUUGCCGAUGAGCAUGGCAUUGACCCCACAGGUACCUACCAUGGAGACUCCGACCUCCAGCUCGAGCGCAUCAACGUCUACUUCAACGAGGCAACUGGCGGACGCUACGUUCCCCGCGCGGUCCUGAUGGACCUUGAGCCAGGAACCAUGGACUCCGUCCGAGCCGGGCCUUUUGGUCAGCUCUUCCGUCCUGACAACUUCGUCUUCGGACAGACAGGAGCUGGCAACAACUGGGCUAAGGGUCACUACACCGAAGGUGCAGAACUCAUCGACUCGGUGCUCGAUGUUGUGCGCAAGGAGGCCGAAGGCUGCGACUGCCUCCAGGGCUUUCAGCUCUGCCACUCGCUCGGUGGAGGCACCGGCGCUGGCAUGGGCACUCUGCUCAUCUCCAAGGUGCGUGAGGAGCAGCUGAGCUGCAUUUCGCAGACGACACAGGACCACCAAAGCGCUCAGAAGGAAGCUCUCCUCCUGUCUCUACGGGCCUCGGACACCAGCUUUCAAAUAUGGAAGCUGACGACGCCAACGUACGGCGACUUGAACCAUCUGGUCUCGGCGGCCAUGAGCGGCGUCACAUGCUGCCUGCGCUUCCCGGGACAGCUGAACUGCGACCUGCGCAAGAUCGCUGUGAACCUGGUACCCUUCCCACGCUUGCACUUCUUCAUGACUGGCUUCGCGCCUUUGACUUCCCGUGGGUCGCAGCAGUACCGGGCCCUGACCGUCCCUGAGUUGACCCAACAGAUGUUCGACGCCAAGAACAUGAUGUGUGCUGCCGACCCCCGCCACGGGCGAUAUCUCACUGCCGCAGCACUCUUCCGCGGUCGUAUGUCCACGAAGGAGGUGGACGAACAGAUGUUGAAUGUGCAGAACAAGAACUCCUCCUACUUCGUGGAGUGGAUCCCAAACAACAUCAAGGCGUCUGUCUGCGAUAUCCCACCGAAAGGUCUUAAGAUGGCGGUCGCCUUCGCCGGCAACUCGACGGCCAUCCAGGAGAUGUUCAAGAGGGUGGCAGAGUACUUCACUGCGAUGUUCCGCCGCAAAGCCUUCCUUCACUGGUACACGGGUGAAGGCAUGGAUGAGAUGGAAUUCACCGAGGCAGAGUCGAACAUGAACGACCUGGUGUCGGAGUACCAACAGUACCAGGAUGCCACAGCCGAGGAGGAAGGUGAGUUUGAUGAGGAGGAGGGCGAGUACGAUGGAUAA